GGUGUCCACUGCGCCCGUGGGAACAUGUCGCCCGUCUCCGUGCCCCCACCGAUGUGCCUGCAGAAACCACUGGCGGUUCCUCACCGCCACAUGUUUGGACCGGGACCUUCCAAUGUGCCCCGGCGGAUCUUGGAGGCCGGGGCCCUGCCCGUCAUUGGACACAUGCAUCCAGAGAUAUUCGAGAUAAUGAGUGACAUCAAAAGUGGAAUCCAGUACAUUUUCCAGACUCGGAACAGCAUGACUUUGGCUGUGAGCGGCACCGGCCACACCGCUAUGGAGUGCGCCAUCUUCAACAGCGUGGAGCCCGGGGAGAGCGUGCUGACCGCGGUCAACGGCAUAUGGGGAGAGCGAGCCGCAGAAAUGGCUGAGAGGAUAGGAGCCAGAGUAAACACCAUCGUGGCGGCCGCUGGCGGUUUCUUCACGAAUGCAGAAAUUGAGCAGGCCUUGUCAAAACACCGACCAGUGCUGUUCUUCCUCGCACAUGGAGAAUCUUCCACGGGAGUCCUGCACCCUUUAGAUGGCAUCGGACAGCUGUGCCUGAAGUAAGAUCACAGGUACAACUGCUUGUUUCUCGUCGACUCCGUGGCGUCGAUUGGAGGGAGCCCUCUGUGCAUGGACCAGCUAGGGAUAGACAUCCUGUACACAGGCUCCCAAAAGGUUUUGAAUGCUCCUCCGGGCACAGCGCCCAUCUCCUUCAGUGAGAGAGCCUGCCAGAAAAUAUUCAACCGCAGGACAAAGCCUGUAUCGUUCUCCUUGGAUUUGAGUUGGCUUGCAAACUACUGGGGAUGUGAUGGCAAGCCAUCAAGAGUAUAUCACCACACAGGUCCAGUCACUGCUUUUUACUCCCUGAGGGAGGGCCUGGCUGUCCUUGUCGAAGAGGGCCUCGAGAAUUCAUGGGAAAGACAUCAAAAAGUGGCAGAGUAUUUCCACGCUGGCCUAGAAAGCAUGGGACUCAAACUUUUUGUCAAAGAAAAAGUGACACGACUCCCCACGGUUACCACUAUUGCUGCUCCUCGUGGAUAUGACUGGAAAGAGAUUACAGCCUACAUCAUGAAAACACAUAAUUUAGAGAUCUCCGGAGGGCUUGGGCCAUCAGUUGGCUUGGUGCUGCGUGUUGGACUGAUGGGAUGUAACAGCAGCAAGGCCAAUGUUGACAUGGUGCUGGCAGCACUGAAAGACGCUCUGAAACACUGCCACAGGAGCAAAGUGUAA